AGAAAUACAUGUGCAGUAUUUUGAAAAUGGCUGCCACGGAGGCAGAAGAAGACAAUCAGAAUUUGAUUCAAACUUUAUUCACUGAUUCUUUCCCUGAAUCAUGGCGAGAAAAUCCCGAUUUUGCUGCAUAUCUGGCCGAACUGUGUUCGUCAGGGGUCGACAGACUUGGACGAGAGCCGGAUCGUCUUGCAGAGGAAAGAGAUCAAGUCCUUGAGCAAACACAAGACUUAGCGUUUCACAAUUACAAGACUUUUAUAAAGACAGCAGAUUGCUCAAGAGAAAUAUUUCAAGAUUUUAUAUCAGUGGAAAAACAUGUGGAGUCUUUAUUAGAAAAACUCCCUCAAUUUUCUGAAACAUGCAAGCAGUUUAUGACAGAAGCUCAAGAUAUCAACAGCAGUCGCAGGCUAAAUUCUCUCACCUUAGCAAGACAYACACAACUUCUAGAGAUUCUUGAAAUUCCACAGCUUAUGGAUACAUGUGUAAGAAAUGGAUAUUAUGAAGAAGCUCUUGAACUUGCAUCCUAUGUUAAACGUUUAGAGCGCAAGCUAGCAAAUAUCCCUGUUGUGCAAAGCAUUGUAGAAACAGUCCAGUCGUCAACACAACUCAUGCUUUCACAACUACUUCAACAACUUCGAUCCGCAAUACAACUACCUGCCUGUCUACGAGUUAUAGGGUUCCUGCGCCGACUAGAGGUAUUCUCAGAGCCAGAGCUACGUAUCAAGUUUCUCCAAGCUCGYGAUGCCUGGCUGCAAAGUGUUUUGAUUGGAAUACCUACUGAUGAUCYRUAUUACCAUAUAACAAAGACCAUUGAAGCAAGCCGUGUGCAUUUAUUUGAUAUUGUCACACAAUAUAGAGCAAUAUUCUCUGAUGAUGAUCCAAUUCUGUCAAUGGAGGAUGAAGACAGUCCUGCGUAUAGUAAUCUAUUUCAUUGUUGGAUAGUACAGAAGGUCUCUCAUUUCCUUGAAGUACUAGAAAAAGAUCUAGCAUUAGGAGUGGGUGGUAGACUUGAUUCUCUUCUUGGCCAAUGCAUGUAUUUUGGGUUAUCCUUUAGUCGUGUUGGGGCUGAUUUCCGUGGUCUCUUGCCUCCACUGUUCCAGUCAGCUUCUCUGAAGGUUUUUGUCAAUGCUGUUCAACAUGCCACAAAAGUAUUUCAGGGAACUAUGUCAUCUUAUACRCUACAAACACCACCAAGUGUUUUGACAUCAACUGUCAUGUCAACCACAGUACAAAAGAAUGAUGAGCCCAAAAGCCUGGUGCCUCCUUACAGYCUUCUAGACCAUCCUCCACUAGCAGCUUACACAAAUGCUAUCCUKUCAGCUUUCAAUGAGCUACGGCAUUGUGCACCUUUGUCACUUGUUCAUCCAGUCAGGGAUACACUUCAUGCAUCACUGUCGGCAGUUGUUGAAACAACUUGCACUUUUCACAGGACGGAAGCUGCUGCCUUGAAUGAAAAGGAAAGAGUCCUAUUCACCAGCUUUGCUAAGACUCUUGUCGAGGAUCURACMCCAUUCGUCGACCGUUGCCUAGCUGCCAUUUUCCCGCCAAAUUCCAUCACAAUUAUUUCCGGGUCAAGUCAUGUUAGUGAUGAGUCGAAGAGCCUGGGAUUGRACAYACRGGAUAUUACUUCGCCAMUAUUACCCAUGAUACCUCAAGUUACUYUGUCACAAGGAGAACAAGACGACAAACCAAARACCGCGAAACCAUUAAUACAAGACAAGAAAACAACGAAYGAAAAUAUUCUGACAACAGAUGUCAUUUUAGAUAGCAGUAGAAAAGAGCAAACAUUACAUGUGGACAACAAUAGUGAACCAACGUUGAAUGAACACGAGAAUUUCGUAAAUGACGUCAAAAGUAGCUAAAUAAUGUUGUAACAUGGCAAGCAUGUAGAAUUUUAAAUUCCAUUUUUAGAACAUAGAGACCUUAGCAAUUGCCAUGGAAAAAAUGGCGUCAGUGAAAAAAAUAACUAUUUAUAAAAUUUAACCAAAAUAGAGCAUUAAAUCGAUAAAGUGGCUUAGUUCUUAAUUCA